GAAGAGAAGAACGCGAAGUGAGCAGAUUGAUUAAAUCAUAAAAAAAAGUGCAACGGGAUUAAAAAUACAUAUAUACUUUAAUUGCAGCCUGGCAACAGGUCAGCUGUUGUAUGUGUGUGUGUGUGCUGGUCCAGUGGGAGUGGAAACUGACUGAAUCGCAAAUUACAUACAUAUGUAUGUAUGUAUAUAGUUCAGUGACGCAUGCUUAGUCUUUUAUCAUUUCGCACAAGUGCCUUUGGAUAAAAAAAUCAUUUCGGUGUUUGUCUAACGAUGCUACGACGUUCUAUAGGAUCCAUUGCGGUCCUGGCUUCCCGGAAUUAUGCCGGAAAGUCAGUAUCCAGCAACAUGGCUCAAAUCAUCGAUGGCAAGGCCAUAGCCCAGGAGGUGCGCACCCAGCUAGCACAAGAGCUGAAGGGAAUGGAGGCUGCUGGGUAUCCAAAGCCCCAUCUCACGGCCGUCAUCGUGGGCGAGGAUCCGGCUAGCGAGAAGUACGUGGCUAACAAGAUGGUCGCCUGCCGAGAGGUGGGCAUCUCCAGUGAGACGAAGAGGUUGCCCGCCUCCACCACGCAGGAGGAGCUGCUGCAACAGAUUGACGAUCUGAACAAGAAUCCGCUGGUCACGGGGAUACUGGUGCAACUGCCGCUUCCCGAGCACAUCAACGAGCGCACCAUCUGCAAUGCCGUCCAUGUGGACAAGGAUGUAGAUGGCUUCAACGAGGUGAACAUCGGACGUACGGCCCUGGACAUGGAUGCCAAUAUUCCGGCCACGCCGCUCGGAGUCAAGCGACUGUUGGAGCACAUGAAAAUCGAGACAUUUGGACGUAAUGCCGUGGUGGUGGGGCGAUCCAAAAAUGUCGGCCUUCCGAUGGCCAUCGUGCUGCACGCGGAUGGCAAGUAUGCCACCAAGGCAAUGGAUGCCACGGUGACCAUCUGCCACAGGUACACACCGCCCAAGGAACUGGCCCGCCAUUGCCGGCAGGCGGAUAUCAUUGUGGUCGCUGUGGGCAAGCCAGGUCUGAUCACCAAGGAUAUGGUGAAGCCCGGAGCCUGUGUCAUUGACGUGGGCAUCAACCGCAUCAAGGACGAGAGCACCGGCAAGUUUAAGCUGGUCGGAGACGUGGACUUUGAAGAAGUUCGCCAGGUCGCCGGCCACAUCACACCGGUUCCCGGCGGAGUUGGCCCCAUGACGGUGGCCAUGCUGAUGCACAACACCCUGAAGGCGGCAAGGAGGCAGUUCGACGACCGCAAGUCCUCCUGAAGAUACGCCGGGAAGUGUCACAGAGUACUCUGUGCUAUAGUAUUUUUAUUUAAUCGCUAACCUAUAUAAGAGAGUAAAGUUACUGACCACCAGCUAACAUGACGAUUGUACACUACAUGUGAACGUAUUUCGCAAUAUAAACAGAGAUAAUGAAAUCUUA